AUGGCUGAAUCUCGAAGUUUGAGUGAAGUGCUCGGAGAGAUAAAUAGCAAACUGGCGGCUGUGAAUAAUGAGCUGAACUCGAAAAUCAUGUCAGAAAACAUUGUAUCGACGCGCCCUGUAGCGCAAGCUCAAUAUUGUGGUCCAUACAAACUUGAGAAAACGCUUGGAAAAGGUCAAACUGGGUUGGUAAAAACGGGAACGCAUUGCAUUACGGGCCGCAAGGUUGCAAUUAAGAUAGUCAACAAGGAAAAACUCAGCGAAUCGGUGCUACAGAAGGUUGAACGAGAAAUCGCCAUUAUGAAGCUGAUCGAACAUCCUCACGUACUCCAUCUGUAUGACGUCUAUGAAAACAAAAAAUACUUAUACCUCCUUCUCGAACAUGUGAGUGGUGGAGAACUGUUUGACUACCUGGUGAGGAAAGGAAGGUUGAUGUCAAAAGAAGCUCGCAAAUUCUUCCGACAAAUCAUAUCGGCUCUCGAUUUCUGUCACGCUCAUAACAUCUGCCAUCGAGACUUAAAACCUGAGAACUUAUUACUGGACGAGCGGAAUAACAUCAAAGUGGCUGAUUUCGGAAUGGCUAGUUUACAAGUGGAAGGGUCGAUGCUGGAGACAAGUUGUGGGUCUCCGCAUUAUGCGUGUCCGGAGGUUAUUAGGGGUGAAAAAUACGACGGUCGGAAAGCAGACGUGUGGAGUUGUGGAGUUAUCCUCUACGCGUUGCUAGUCGGUGCUCUUCCGUUUGACGACGACAAUCUUCGGAAUCUUCUGGAAAAAGUGAAACGCGGAGUGUUCCAUAUCCCUCAUUUUGUGCCGGCUGAUGUUCAAAGUUUACUGCGUGCUAUGAUAGAAGUGGACCCAGGGAAACGGUACUCCCUGGCAGAUGUGUUCAAACAUCCAUGGGUAUCUGGAACAACAAAAGCGGAUCCUGAAUUGGAGCUUCCAAUGUCUCAAGUAGUGCAAACUCAUAUUAUCCCCGCCGAAGAUUCGAUUGAUCCGGAUGUACUUCGCCAUAUGAACUGUUUGGGGUGUUUCAAAGAUAAACAGAAACUGAUAAACGAGUUAUUGUCACCGAAACACAACACGGAGAAAAUGGUGUACUUCCUGCUGCUCGACAGAAAACGACGUCGUCCCGCUCAGGAAGAUGAUACUGAAAUAGUGCUGCGAGGCGCCGCGCAGAAUAAUGACCCUCCCAAGAAAAGAACAGAUACGGCGAGAACCGGAAGACUACCAAUGGGAGGUAUUGCCGAUGGAAGUCCAAUUAAUCCGAGGAAAACAUACGGGAGGAAUAGUAAAUCAGGAAGACAUUCCAGUCUCGGAGGCUCGCCGACUGAAUCUCCAAGAAGUUCGACACGAGAUCUAUUUGGGUCGUCUUCAAGUGGUUCUUACUCGGCGAGAGCUGGAGAGGACAGGGAGAGAGGGAGAUCGGCGUCUAGGUCUACCAACAGCUACCACUACUACACCCAACCAGUUGAUCCACAGACACUUGCCGAAGCUGCUCGACAUGUUCGGGAAGCUAGGGAACAAGAACGAAGGGAGAGUAGAGACAGUGGACGGGGAUCUUCACGGAAGGAGAGCAAGGAUCGUGGAGAUAAAGCUAGUUGCAGCAGUAGUAAAAAUGAGGCGUCUUCUUCAGUGCCCCAUAAAUAUAGUCCGCCAUCUGUUAUGUCGGAGAGUGUUGUUGUGUCUGGUAGCACAAUGAACUCGACGAACUCGUCCACAAAUAGUCUGAUAGCAGGAAACAGUCAAACAAGUAUCGGAUCGACUAGCGGUCCAUGGAGGUCUAAACUCAACACGAUCAAGAAUUCGUUCUUGGGAACUCCGAGAUUCCAUCGGAGGAAAAUGUCCAACGGAACGGCGGAGAGUGACAGUGAGGACAGCCAGAUGAUUGACACGACAGACCUCGUGAAAAAAUCCUGGUUUGGCUCUCUGGCUUCCAGUAUGAGUGUGGAACGAGACGACACCCAUUGUGUACCAGUUCAAGGGAAAACGUUGAACAGUAUAAAGGCGGAGCUUAUCAGAGCAUUCUUACAAAUCCAUGAGCUUAGUCACUCAGUUGUCGGUCAGAACUGCUUCCGAGUGGAGUACAAACGGGGUCCAACAGUUGGAGGCAGUGUUUUCAGUCGUGGUAUCAAAAUGAAUGUUGACAUUAUCCCAUCCCCUCAACAAGUUGUAAUUGCUGGAGAGACACCAACGUAUGUCGUGCAGUUUGUACUGUUGGCAGGACCAGUAAGACGGUUCAAGAGACUCGUGGAGCAUUUAUCGGCUAUUCUGCAAAACUCCACACAGCAGAGAGCGGAUCGACAGCAACAAGCAUCCCUGAUGGUCCGGCCGCGACGAUUAAGCGACUCAAGUGUAGGAAGUGCGUGCUCGGAUAGUGAGAGCAACGCCAGUAGUAUCAAUAUGAUAGCUAGACAUGCGGACAAAACGGAGACUAGCACAGCCUCGUCAUCGGAUGCAUAUGGUCCGUCACCUUCUAUGAGAUCUGUGGGAAGUAGCACAGCUAACUCAUACAAAUCGCCAACACCUCAUCGCCGUAACACCACUGCCGUGUCCGCUUCCUCGUCAACCGCCUCAAACCGUUAUGCACCAACUAGUAGCUCGUCUGGCAGUUACAGUAAUGCUCCCGACUAUUCGUAUCAUCCAGAAUAUGCUCAGAGAAACAAUGGCUCAAGUGCUCCGAAGAAUCAAUACUCGCCCGGCUCACAACGUAGUUUUGCGUUUUCCAUGUUCAACAAGGCCGAUAAAGUAUAA